AUGGCAAAUAAUAAAAUGAAGCUCGUUGGUGCUAUUGACCAAGGAACAUCAUCGUCUAGAUUUCUCAUUUUUAAUGCAGAAAAUCUUGAUUUGAUUACAUACUAUCAAGAAACAAUUCAAAUAAUCACACCAAAUCCUGGCUGGGUUGAACAAGAUGCCUAUGAAAUUCUAAAUAAAACAAUUUUAUGCAUUGAAAAAGCAAUUGAACAAUUACAGGAAUUAGGAUAUAAUAAAUCGGAUAUUAAAGUCAUUGGUGUAACAAAUCAACGUGAAACUACAAUUUUAUGGGAUAAAUAUACUGGUAAAGUAUUAUAUAAUGCUCUUGUAUGGUUAGAUGCACGUACACAAGAAACAAUUGAUUUUCUGUUAAAACAAUAUAGUACAGACAAAAAUUGUCUUCAAAAACAAUGUGGCUUACCAAUAUCAACGUAUUUUUCUGCAUUAAAAAUUCGAUGGUUAAUGGAUAAUAAUGAAAAUGUUCGAAAUGCAAUAAAAGAGAAACGAUGUGUCUUUGGAACAGUUGAUAGUUGGUUACUUUAUAAUUUUCUUUCUGAUGGCAAGAAUAUUGUACAUGUAACAGACGUAACUAAUGCUAGCCGAACAAUGUUGAUGAAUAUUCGAAAUCUACAAUGGGAUGCAGAUCUUUGCCACAUUCCGGAACAUAUAUUGCCAGAAAUUAAACCAUCAGCAACAAUUUUCGGUUACAUUAAGAAAGGCGUGCUCAAAGGAAUACCUAUUGGAGCAGUUCUCGGUGAUCAACAAGCAGCACUAGUCGGUCAACAAUGUUGGACAAAAGGAGCAGCAAAGAGCACGUCUAUAUGGUAUACAAUAAUAAUAAAACACAUUCUAAUUCAAUAUUUAUGUUUAGGAACUGGUUGUUUUAUAUUAUAUAAUACUGGUGAAGAAUUAGCUUAUUCAAGAAGUGGUCUUCUAACAACUGUAGCAUAUAAAUGGAAUGAUGAUAAUGCUGUUUAUGCUCUCGAAGGUUCCAUUGCUAUUGCUGGUGAAUGUAUAAAAUGGUUACGUGAUAAUCUUGAAUUAAUUCCAGAUUCAACAAGCAGCGAAACAAUUGCAGCUUGUGUUGAAGAUACUGGUGGUGUUUAUUUUGUUCCAGCAUUUUCUGGUCUGUUUGCACCUUAUUGGCGUUCAGAUGCUCGCGGUCUUAUUAUGGGUAUUACUCAAUAUACAACAAAAGCACAUAUUGUUCGUGCUGCUCUUGAAGGUGUUGGUUAUCAAACACGUGAAAUCGUUGAUGCUAUGUAUGAUGAUAGUGGUGUACGUCUUUCAAAAUUAAAAGUUGAUGGUGGUAUGGCAAAUAAUAAAUUAUUUCUUCAAAUGCUUGCCAAUAUUGUUGGUAUUAAUGUAACUAUACCUAAUUUAUUUGAAACAACAGCAUUAGGUGUUGCACUUGCUGCUGGCAAAGCCAAAGGUAUUGAUUUAUUUAAAUUAGAACAAGACAAUGAAUUCGAAACAAAAGCGCAUACAUAUAACCCACAUAUACAAGGAAAAAAACGUGAAGAAAAUUUCUCUGCUUGGAAAAAAGCUGUUGUGAAAAGUUUUGAAUCUGUAAUAAUACCAGAAAAUACCAAACAUAAAUAUCAUCUGUCAUCAACAGCUAUCGGAUGGAUGACUUUAACAAGUUUCUGUGGUAUUCUAUUGUAUAUGAUCAUUCGUAAUCAUUAA